AUGGAAGCUGUUGUGUAUGAGAUCGAGCAGGACCCAGAUACAAGGUUGCAUCGGCUAAGAAAUGCUAUGCUAGCCUUCGUUUCUGUACCCAUGGCUUCUCCUCCUGCAGUGGCUCUUCUCGUUUCUCUCUCCCUGGACGAACCCCCGGGUUCUUCACGCAAGCAGCAGGAUCGGGCCACAACAAAAGCAACGGCGGUCGAGACCCAACUUCGGAGCGCGUGCGACGAUCGAGCCGUGCUUCUGAAGUGGUUGCGAGCCGAGAUGAACAUCGUGUUAGAUAUUCCUGUAGCCGCUUCUUUUGAACCUAGUGGGGCGGAGCAACUCUCCGUACUCUCCACAUGGCAACAAGACCAGCACCGGUCCCCCCUGCGUAAAGCGGAUAUCGUAUUACUUUCGUUGCGUAAUGUGGCACCGCUGUGGGAUAAUCACGAGACUAGUUCAUCCCUGCUCGGUCGUCAGCGUGACGUCUGUGCCCCACACCUUGGGUUGUUUCUUCUUGCUCAUCAGAGCCUAUUGCUUGAUGUGACCUGCUGUGUCGGAGGUGGAAAGCUGGAGUUGUUAUCCCCUGCGGCCUUCAGUCCACUUCGUGCACGGCACAUCGCGAAAGGCCGCACAGCAGCCGUAGCAUUUUACGGCUGUUGGCUGUCGCUAGCAGCAACACCAAGCGGUUUUCACAUCUUACAGAAGAGACUUCAGUCACUAAACGAGCACGUUCUUUCUGCUAUGCAGUUGCCCUUGUGCUGUUCUUACGGCGGAAAAGUUGGCAACCUUCAGCAUAAUUUAUCAACGGUACCCAGCCCAGCAGGGGCGGCGCGACCCCGUGAGGUCCACACGGUUUCCGCACCACUGCUGCCCACGCGUCCAUUAAGGGACAUAUUCAGUCUUCUGGGUUUCCUAUUGGCUUGCCCGCACGUUGACUAUUACAGCGAGGCCACUAAGUUUUGUACUCGGGUGGCGACAAGGAGAAAAACUGCAUUGGUAACAGAGAACAAGUGUUUCAGCGGCUGCGCGACACACAGUGAGGAGGUGGUUAAGAGAUAUGACAGAAAACGGAUGAGAGGCGUGAUUCGCGCAUCAUUGUCCAUGCGUUCAAAGCGGCAACAGCACUCAAGUGCUCCAGAUAAAAAACAAACUUUCACACAGCUAAUAACAUCGGAAGAACCUCUGUGGUAUGAAGACUGCGGGUCUUAA